UGUAAAAUCUGCCCACUGGUCAUCUGUUAAGUGGACACAAGGUCAAAUAUCGGCUUGUUAUCGCACCUAUUGACCUCUAUAUGACAGUUGUGUUAACACAUUACACCCUCUGUACACUUGCUUUAGCAUAUUUUUACCUGGUGAAACCCACAUUGUAUCAAUGAAACCAUGCCAUGUGUUAUCAUAAAUAAAUCGUAAAAACAUAGUAUACACUUCAGGUGAUGUUAGAUUUGGUUCACUGGCCAGCAAAUAUUUACAUAUUUACGUUUCUAUAUUUAUAUGGGGAAUAAUAUAAACAAGGAUGUCAUAUGAAGUUGGUCACGGGUCUGAGCCUCUGGCGGAAUGGCCGGCACGCUCACGUACAUCCUACAAACAGAUGACUCAUUUUGACGACCUUGAUAGUCUGUCGUUGCCAUCAGAUGAUGGGCGUGGCUCAGUGUCAGCAGAUCCCAUGGGUGAUCCUUCAGUCCCAAGAGUUAAAAAGAAGGGUAGGAAUUUAUUUUUCACGGAUAAAGAGAGCCGUAUAGACUAUGUUCUGGCGUGGGAAGUACCAACGAAAGAGACCGAACAAUCUCAGAAGGCUAUGAAAGCUCGAGAAAUGUUUGAAGCCAAUCUGAUUGAAGAGGGUCUGAAACUGGAGUAUGAUAAUUCUGAUGAUGAGGUUCAUUUUGUGAAAGUUCACGCCCCUUGGGAGGUCCUUACUCGAUAUGGAGAAAUCCUGAAGAUGAAGUUGAAAAUGAAGAAGAGUUUGGCCACAGAGACUAUAAGAAAGAAGUAUUCAAAAUGGGAGGAGCCAAAUGUUUUCUACAGAGCAGAGCCCCCAGCUUGUGAUAAAAUUUUGAAUCCUGUGAAAGCUGUUAGCACGACCCUGUGGAACUCAAUCUUAUCUGUGACCAAAAUUGCCACAAAACCUUUCCAGCUUGAUGAUACUAUUUUCCCGAAGAUUAAGAAAGAUGCAACACUCACUUUUACAAGAGAUCGGGAAUAUUUGUUUGACAUACCAGAACAGAAGGAGUUAUUCUUCACAAGUCCAGAACGUUCACGGAUCGUUGAUUUCAUUCUGAGAAGAAAACCAUUUGGUGAAGACAAGCAAGAAGCCUAUACUUUCGCUGAAAAUUUCCACGUUCACGAUGUAGGUAUAAAGAAGAUGUUAGCUGAUGGUUACUAUAGUGCUGCCUACCCAUUACAUGAAGGUCACUGGAAAGCAGGAUCGGCUUCAAAUCCUCGAAAAAUCUUGUAUGAGAACUGGGCCUACUGGAGAAAAUUCUUCAAAGUGCAACCUUUGGAGUAUAUAAGGAAUUACUAUGGUUCACAGAUUGGAUUGUAUUUUGCAUGGCUCGGGUUUUAUACAAGAUGGCUGGUUUUUCCUUCCAUACUUGGCUUUAUCAUAUUUAUAUAUGGUGUCGUAUACAUGGAUGAAAGUUACCCUAGCAAAGAGAUAUGUGACGAGUCAUUAAACAUUACGAUGUGUCCGCUCUGUGACUACCAGUGUCCAUACUGGAAACUGAACAGUAGCUGCCAUGAUUCAGAGUACAGUAGAAUGUUUGACAAUAAUGGCACUGUGUUCUUUGCCGUGUUCAUGUCCCUGUGGGGUACUUUAUUCCUGGAGUUUUGGAAAAGAAAACAGGCAGUGAUUCAGUAUAAUUGGGACUUGGUGGACUUUGUCAAAGAAGAGGAACCACCACGCCCAGAGUAUCUUGCCAAGCUUGCCAACUACCCAAGAAUGAAGGAGAAUCCUAUCACAGGCAUGAAAGAACCACAUUUACCUUUCUGGCGACGUAGAUUCCCUAUAUACAUGCUCUCAUACGGUUUUAUGCUGUUCACAAUGUGUAUAGCCAUUGGUGGUGUGGUUGGUGUGAUAGCAUACAGAAUCUCUGUGUUAGCUUCAUUACAAUUGUUGGAAAAAGAUAGUCCCAGGGAUAACUCGACCCUGGGUGAAACAAAACAUGUUAUAACAACAAAUGCUGGAAUAAUCACAACAAUCACUGCAGCCUGUAUCAACUUGUUUAUUAUCAUUAUACUCAACAUAGUAUACUCACGAGUGGCUGUAUGGUUGACAGAUUUCGAGUGUUUAAGGACACAAGGAGAAUAUGAUGACAGUAUCAACAUUAAGUUGUUUGCCCUACAGUUUGUCAACUAUUACUCUUCCAUCAUCUACAUUGCCUUCUUUAAAGGAAGGUUGGUUGGUAGACCUGGAGCUUACAAUGAAGCAUUUGGCGGCAGACAGGAGGAGUGUGGUUCGGCCGGAUGUUUGAUAGAGCUAUGUAUACAGCUGGCAAUCAUUAUGGCAGGAAAACAAAUUAUACAGAAUAACCUUCUCGAGAUAUUCCUUCCGAAAGGUAUCAAGUUUUUAAAGCGGUGCUAUAGGAAACGGAUCCUGAAGGAAACGGCCGAACAAAAAGCGAAGCUGUCGGCCUGGAUGAAAGAUUAUCAGCUGUCAGAACACACAUCACUGUAUCAUGAGUACCUAGAAAUGGUGCUACAGUUUGGAUUUCUGACAAUAUUUGUGGCGGCAUUCCCGCUCGGACCACUCUGCUGUCUACUUAACAACAUGAUAGAGAUCCGCUUUGAUGCUCUGAAGUUUACCACUGAUCUCCGACGACCUCUAGGAGA